UCUGUAACACUUGAAAGUUCAGUUCCGCGAAUCCCUUCAUAUCAUCACGUGACCAAACUGCAUCGGCUACUUACAAAUAAGACAAUGCUAUAGAAUGUGUGUUUCAAAACUUAAGUAACAUCCUUCUUCAGGCAUGAGAUGGAGGCUUUUAUGAAAAUACAAUAGUCUUAUGUUUGGACAUCUUCUAUACAUCAAUACACAAUCAAAUGCAAAUGAUAACGUCUGUAAUAUUUGUGUAUAUAUUGACACCGAUAUUUUCUCAAACAGUCUGUAACUCCUCAGAGUGGACAUGCACCACUGGUCAAUGUAUUGAUGUCGGACAUCGUUGUGAUGGAACUGAACAGUGCACAGACACAAGCGAUGAAACGAAUUGCUACUGUGUUGAUCAACAGAUCAACUUAUUAAUUGCAGUUCAAGAAGAGAAAAGUGAAUACAUUAACCCUUUCAUUAAGGAUUUUCUCAAAGAUGUUGCUCUAGGUGGUAGAAACGUGAUGGUGCGGUUUGUGAUGUACAAGGAUUCAACUGUGCUGAUGUUUAAUAAUAACGAAAUGUCGAGUAAAGAGAUAAAAACCAGAGGUGUAGACGAACUGAAGUGGAACUCCUCAACCAAUGCAGAGUUUAGAUCUAUCGUAGCCUUCCUUAGCCCCUUCUCCCCAACACUGUAUUUCGGGGCUCAUCGUCAAAGUGCUCGGAAUAUUUUGUUUCUUAUAAUCGUCAAGCUAAAUUUUAUCAACUUCCAACAUUUUGAAUUUUUAAGUAAAACCAUUAAAGAUAAAGGAAUACGUAUCAUGGCUUUAGAAAUUACCGGAGUAAACCACAAAUUGUUGGACUCGAUAGUAAGUGAACCGAUUGAGAACAACAAGUAUACUGGGGAUAGUUUUCAAAACUUAAGUUGGAUAAUUCCUAAACUUACAUCAGAUUUAUGUCCGAAAGAAAAGUUAAAGGAACAUUUUUUAUCAACAUCACAGACAAUAACUUCACGGACUGACGAAACUACAGGUCUCAAAGAAAAGUUAGCUGAAAUAUUUUCAACACCAGCUCUGAUAUCAACGGCAAUAGAUGACGAAACUACAAGAUCUAAAUUUUCACCACCAGCCAAGACAUCGACUACAAUAAAUGACACAAAUACAGGAUAUUGUUACUCUUCAGAGUGGACUUGCACCACUGGUCAAUGUAUUGAUAUUGGACAUAGAUGUGAUGGAACUGACCAGUGUACAGACAAAAGUGAUGAAACGAAUUGCUAUUGUGAUGAUAAGCCGAUCAACUUGUUGAUUGCAAUAGAUGAAGGAGCAACUGAAGACAUAAACAUCAUUAUAAAUAAAUUUAUAAAAGAUUUUCUCAAAGACCUCGCUGUUGAUGGUAAAAACGUGAUAGUUUGGUUUCUGAAGUAUAAAGACACAGUCAUACUUUCUUUUAAUCGCACAGAAGUGAGUAAGGUCAAAACUUUAAAAGCUAUAGACGAACUGAAAUGGGAGUCCUCUCCCGAUGCUGAGUUUAGUGACAUCGUCAGUUUCGUCAACUCAAAAUCCCAACUUUUUUUCGGGGCCCAUCGUCAAAGAGCUCGGCACAUUCUGCUUCUGAUAACGCUCUACUUAACUAAACACAAUUACAAAAAUUUUGCUGCGGUGACCAAAAUCAUUAAAGAAAAAGGGAUGUACAUUAUAGCUGUCGGAGUUAAUUUAGAAAAUAGUGUUUACCUACACUUCGUGGCAAGUGAUCCGAUAGAGAAGAACACGUUCGCUGUGGAUGCUUCUAAAGAUCUGAACAAGAUCAUCCCUAGACUUACAUCAACACUAUGUGAAGGGAGCUCUUUAAAUGGUCUAAAAGAGUUAACAGAUAAAUCUGCGCCAACAAUCCUGAUAUCAACUACAAUGCCUGAUGACAGAAUUUCAACGUUAGUUUCAGCUGCCAGUGGCUCAGCAUCUAACACAGCAAUUAUAGUCAGCCUGGUCGUCUUAGCCAUUCUUUUUAUUUCAAUUGCGGCCUACAAAUUUAAAGAGAAACUCUGGUGUUUUUCGCGAAAUGCAAGCAGGACUCCUACGAUUUCCAAUAACACAAUAGACCAGGAAUAUCUAGAUGUAGACCAUUAUGACUACAUGUCACAUUAUGAAGUAGAAACUGGCGGCCGUAUCAAGCCACAAGAUAAAAACACAGGCAAUACAAAACCAGUGCCCCAAGAAGACCAUUAUGAUAAUGUGGACUAUACAAUAGAAAAUGUAUCAGGAUAUAUCACACCCAUAGAUGUUGUCUACAACAGUACUGCAGACAGAGAGCUAUCUAGAAUUGAAGAGCAUAGAUCUACAGGUGACCGUACACAAAUUCCAGAACUAUAAAUAUUCAGCAAAAGUGUUAAUAGGAAGCCUAGACGGGGUAGUUUAUAAAACAAGGAUUAAAAGUUUAAUAUCACAAUACAUAAGGUAAAGGUAAAGCCAAUCCUUAUAGAGGUUAGUUCAAAAAUAGGUGGACAGUAUUUGGACAGUAUUUGAACAGUAUUUGGAUUUAUACCUACAUUUCUAUAUAAAAGACAUUUACCACGUUGACAAAUAAAUUGGAUUAUGAACAAUUGUAUCAAAGCUCUUAAUCUGUCAACGUAAGUUUUAAUUCUAUAGAUUUGCCCUUUGAAUUAUGUGUAUUUGAUUUAUGCAUUAUGUGUAUAUGAUAUAUGUAUGGUAUCUGUUUUUUUUUGUACGUUUUAUGUAUUAUGUAAAUGUACUAUAUGUAUUAUUGGUAUUAUGUGUAUAUGAUAUAAAUAUUAUGUUUUAUAUGUUAUAUGCAAUAUAAAUAAAUAAAUAUACUCUUAAGAGAGCAAUUCUUGUUUGUAAAUUUAUUUAUAUAUGGCACAGACAACAAUAAAUAAACUAAGCGAUUUUUGGCUGAAAAGCCGAUAUAAGUUCUUUGUUGUCUAUCUGUCAGUCUGUGUUGUAACAAUAAAAUCUAAAAAUGUACUUUCACUAUGUGUCACAGUCUUAGUUGACAUUGCAUGAUCUAAAGUUCACGUCAUGUUAAUAGUUUAAAAGACACGUGGAAUUCCUGAUGUAGAAAACAGGAAGUAGAAAGAAAAGUUGACUUUGAGUUCAGUCAAGUCAAGUCAGUAAGGUCUUGCUCCCGGUACAGGAAGGUUGGACGUUUCCUCCUGGACUGGUGGAUAUGUAUGCAUAUAGCAUGAGAGUCGAAGGACUAGUCAUUGUUGAUUAAUAAUAUUUGAGAGUUGAUUUCAUAAUGUGCUUAUUGGAUAUUAAGGUAUUACUCGUAUUUCAAUGGAUAUCUAUAGUUGAAGCUCCAGUGUCACUAGUAGUAAUUGUUCUUAUUGUUACCCGCUGAGAUGCGGACGUGAUUUGUUGUUAACGUAUUGGAUACUUUUGAUACCGCUGUUAUGCGGAUAGGAUUAUUAUUUCUUGACUUGUAGCACUAACAAGGAGUGCAGUAUAUUAUUAUUAUGUUGUAAAUAAACUUCAUGUUGUCUGC